AUGGAGGACCCCGAUGGGUUCUCCACUUGCGCUUCGCGAGACGCGUUCUUUGCUGUCAGAAACGCAGCAGUGGCUUCUCAAUUAGAAGAUGACAUGAAGCCAGAUGACAUGAAGCCAGCUGACAUGAAGCCAGAUGACAUGAAGCAAGAUGACAUGAAGCCAGAUGACAUGAAGCCAGCUGACAUGAAGCCAGAUGACAUGAAGCCAGAUGACAUGAAGCCAGAUGACAUGAAGCCAGAUGACAUGAAGCCAGCUGACAUGAAGCCAGAUGACAUGAAGCCAGAUGACAUGAAGCCAGCAUAA